AUGCUUUUGUAUAUCUGGCUUGGCUUAGUAACAUUAAUAAAACUCGGGGAAUCGCAAUUCAGCCUCUAUCCUGCGUUCGUUGACCCAGUGAAGCUAAGCAAGGCGUACGGUGUCACGACUGAAUGCAUUCAAGGCCUGUCCGUAUUCAACUACUCUGCGGUCCAUACUCUUACUGAUCUGGUUUCCAGAAACCAAACACUGGCAGAAUGUGAUCCGGACCUUUUUGGCAUGGUGGUGAAUUAUGACAUGUUCUGGUGGGAGCAAGACAAUAUCACCGAUUUGUGCCUCGGCAACUGUUCUGUAGCCGCAGCGUUAUGGUACAACGACGUUGUAUCUGCAUGCAAAGGGCAAUGGUUAAAUUCCUAUGGGAAAUGGAUACCGGCCGAUUCGGUCGCUGGUCGCUACGUGGAUGGCAUCAAAACCGCUUGUUUAUAUUCAAACUCGCAGAAUUCUGACGAGAUUAUUCCCAGACUAGGUGAUGAUACCGCAUGGUGCUUGGUAGAAUCGCAGGAGUGGGUUGGAUCAGACGUGUAUCAAGUGGAUUGCGACGCAAAUCCAUCUGAUCCGUCGUGCACUGGUGGCGGAACAGGCAUCGAUCCUAGCAGCGAACGGAUGGCCAAUUUGUACUCCAAUAAUGUCUUAUGCAACGAUUGCUUCGUGCAAAUGCUUUACACCAAAGUUACGUCGGAGUUCCUAGCAGACACUGAUCACGCCGACUAUCUCGUGGGUCAGUUGCAGGACAUUGCGGACGUUUGUAAUACCUCGAUCCCCGCCAUCACCACUCGUGCAACCAUCUCAUGGGAUUCCGCACCUGCUCCGACACCAAACAGCGCGACGACGACACCACCUCCAGCUACCACGACUUGUGCUGCUGGACAGGGCCAGACAUUGAGCUCCGGUACUGGGUGCGACGCCUUAUCUCAGAAGUACGGCAUUUCAACAGGGGAUUUGGAGGCGAUCUCCGGUAGCGAUGUUUGUAGUAUCUCGACCGCAUCCUGUUUUCCUUUAGCUUGCUCGCUGCAGCAGAUUGGAACUGGCGCCACUUGUGAGACAAUGGCGAGCAGCCUUAACAUCACCACUGUGCAAUUCCAAAGUUGGAACCCCAAUAUCAUAGGACUGUGUGACGGGCUGCAAGCCGGGCAGUACGUGUGCAAGUCAGCUCCAGGCGUGACUGGAACGUAUACACUAGCUCCACCACCACUGGGGACAGACGCUGAUGCAGGUAACCAGCAACGUGGAGGCUCUGGAGGAGUAGUGACUCCAACAACAACCAUUCCACCUGGGCCGACAACGCCGGUAGCAGCGCCAGGUCCAACACUGUCAGGUGUCUCGAAAAUAUGCAAUGCCUGGCAGACGCCUGGCCAAGGACUUGGUUGCGUUGACUUCGCCCUUCUGAACGGCCUCGGAUCUGAAAAACUGUACGAGUGGAAUCCAAUUCUUGGCCCUAAUGGUGAGAAUUGCACGACCAUGUUUCAGUUUAAAGUGUACUACUGUGUUGGCGUCGUGAUCGGCAGUUCAGGCAGCGGACAAACAACACCACCGUCUAGCCCGACCAUCACCAGUGUUGUCGGAGCUCCUGGACCGACUCAAAGUGGCAUCAUUUCUUCAUGCAACAAAUACGCGUUGCCCGCAAACUUGCAGGGCUGCUACGACUUUGCAUCGGCGAACGGUAUUACACCCACACAGCUGUACUCGUGGAACGCGGUACUCGGAUCCAACGGUGAAAAUUGCGGAAGCGCGUUCCAAGCGGGCGAAUACUACUGUGUCGGUAUUCAGACACCUUCGAGUACAAAACCAGUGUCUGCACCAGGACCGACGCAAAGCGGCAUCGUGGCUUCAUGUACAAAAUUCGCGAAGCCACCUGCUGGAACUGGGUGCUAUGAUUUUGCGACGCAGAAUGGAAUUACACCUACGCAACUUUAUCAGUGGAAUAAGAUUCUUGGGCAGAACGGAGAAAACUGUGGAACAGAGUUCUUUGGAGAUGAUUACUAUUGUAUUGCGGCUUGA